AUCUUCGUGUGUGUUCUAGAUAGGGACAUGGUCAAGACAAACCAACAUGCAACUACACAAUUCUUCAACCCAGAGUCGCAGCAAGCCUAGAUUGGUUGUUGUAACCAAACACGAACCCCCGUUCGUGAUCCGCGAAGAGACCGAGAAUGGAACGAAGUACACCGGAUACUCCAUUGAUGUGUUUGAGGAGAUUGCGAGGCGUCUUGACCUCGAUUUCACUGUUUACGAAGCCAAGGAUGGACAGUACGGAAAACAGAACCCGGAUGGAACGUGGACAGGAUUGAUGGGUGAAAUACUUACUGGGUACGCCGACAUAGCUGUGGCAUCCCUGUCGAUGACAACCGAGAGAGACAAGGUCGCCGAUUUCACAACUCCAUACUACGAGUUCGGGGGUAUUCAAAUCCUCAUCAAGAACACUAACGCGGGGACCUCUCUGUUGGCAUUUGCUAACGUGUUUUCCGGGGAGGUCUGGGCAUGCUGGGCGUCAGUCCUACUGUUGACGGGACUUCUCGUGUGGGUCUUCGAGAAGUUGAGCCCUUUCAGCCCCUACAACAACGUUCAGCAAAAUGAUCAAAGGAGGUUCACGGUGAGCGAGGGACUGUGGCUCGUCACGGCGUCAUUUCCCAUGGCAGGUCCCGAGUGCACACCCCGGACGUUCUCGACUCGUAUGUUGGUGGGCGGAUUCUGGUUCUUCUGCAGCAUCAUGAUGGCUACAUACACGGCUAACCUGGCUGCCUUCCUCACCACCUCCAGGCUCAACGUACCUAUAGAGUCGCUAGAUGACCUCGCAAAGCAAAACAUAAUCAAGUAUUCCGUAGUUGAAGGAACUGUAAUCCACGAGUACUUCCAAAGGAUGGCUAAAAUAGAAUCAGACUUUUACCAAGAAUGGAAGAGCAUGAGUUUUUAUACCAAGAACAUAGACACCUCUGACACAUUACCAGCAAACUAUGCGGUGUGGGACUAUCCACUUGGAGACAAGUACCUAACGAUCUGGAGAUCCAUCCAGAACACUGGUUUGCUAAAUAGUUCCAGUGAGGGCAUUGCCAAGGUAUUGGCGGGUAAUUUUGCCUUCAUCCAUGAGUCGCCGAUGAUACAGUAUGAACUCUCCAAGCACUGUGAUUUGCUGGCUGUUGGCAAGCAGUUCAGCAGUAGGGCGUAUGCAUUUGCCUUGGCUGAAGGUUCGCCGCUGACCCGUGUCAUCUCAUAUACGAUACUACAACUGCAGUCUGAGACCAUCCUGGAAACAAUGAAGACCAAAUGGUGGAAGAAUGGCAGUUUAACUUGUUCCCAGGUAGACGAGAGUGGCGGUCUCACAUUUCACACUGUCGGUGGCAUCUUCGUUGUCGUCAGCGUCGGAAUUGGACUUGGAGUAAUCUCCCUUGGUCUAGAGCGCCUGUGGGCGUCAUUGACAAGGGUACGGAAAGAGCACCACAACACUCAAGUAACAUCGCCAAACAGCCGAACAAAUCUUGCCGUUGAUUUCAACCCUGGGAUCAGCUAUCUUGCCAAGGAGUUAUACACUGGUGAUGACGCAGUAGACACGGAUGCCGUCACACUGGAGAUGGCGCGAAUGUAUUAGUAGAAUGUUUUCAUCCUUACAUUAAAUGUAUGUUAAUGCUGUCUUCUCUUAUUAAGGUGACAUGUAUAUUUAUUAUAAUAUUAUGUAACAGAUAUGUGUACUUGACAUGAACUGAUAAUCACUGAGACCUGUUUCAAUUGCUUUUGUGAAUUUCUAGGAUAGCGAGAAAGAAGGAUUUUGUGAACGCAUUGCACUCUUUUUAUCUAUAUACAUAAGGGCAGCAUUUGUAUUUUCUGUGUGUCUCAUCGCCAGACCGACCCUUCGAAUUGCCGACUCAAAGCCGACCCCUACCCUCCCCCCGAUAAAAAGCACACUCCCCCCAAAACACAAAUAAAAAAACAAA